AUCUCUAUCAUUUUCACAAACAAAGAUUUGUUUAAUUUAAUAAAAACGCAGUUUGACUAAAGUAAAAAUCUAAGCUUAUUACUGCAACAAUGGGAGCUGUUUUGGGCCUCUGUUCGGCCGCUCAGUGCGCCAUGUGCUGUGGAGGCACUGCAGCCAGCAUGUGCUGCGCCGCCUGCCCGAGCUGCACCAACGCCUCCUCGUCGCGCUUCAUGUACGCCUUCAUCCUGCUGGUGGGCACUGUGCUGGGAGCGAUUGCACUGUCGCCUGGUCUGCAGGACACCCUGAAGAAGAUGCCCUUCUGCAUCAACUCCACCUCGUCGUAUAGCUCGGGAGCACUUAGCGCUGUCUCGGGAGGAUCUCUGCAAGUCGACUGCGAGUAUGCACUGGGUUACAUGGCAGUGUAUAGGGUUUGCUUUGGUAUGGCCUGCUUUUUCGCGCUGAUGUCCCUGAUUAUGCUGGGUGUGAAGAGCUCCAGGGAUCCGCGUUCGCACAUCCAGAACAACUUUUGGCCACUGAAAUUUCUGAUCUGCUUUGGCGCUGCGAUUGGAGCCAUCUUCAUUCCGGAUGGAUCCUUUGGUCCGGCCAUGAUGUGGGUGGGUCUAAUAGGUGGCCUGGCCUUCAUACUCGUCCAGCUGGUCAUCAUUGUGGAUUUCGCUCACUCGCUGGCUGAAAACUGGAUAGAAAGCGCCGAAAACAGCCGUGGAUAUUACUAUGCCCUCGCUGGGGUCACUCUUUUGUGCUAUAUCUUAUCGCUGACUGGAAUUACCUUGCUUUAUAUCUACUUCACCACCAGCACUGGCUGCGGCAUCAACAAGUUCUUCAUCUCCAUCAAUCUGAUAUUCUGCCUGGCGAUCAGCGUCAUUUCGAUUCUACCAGCUGUGCAGGAACGCUUGCCCCAUUCUGGCCUAUUGCAGAGCUCCCUGGUUACCUUGUACACGGUGUAUCUAACCUGGUCCGCAGUGGCCAACAAUCCUGAGAAAGAAUGCAAUCCUGGCAUGUUUGGCAUGAUGGAGGGAUUCGGCAAUGCAACCACCACGGCAGCACCGCCCACCCACACCACCAGAGUCACCUUCGACACGACCAACAUCAUCGGACUGGUCGUCUGGCUGCUGUGCAUCCUGUACAAUUGCAUCAGCUCGGCGGUGGAGGUUUCCAAGAUCUCGCACGAUAAUAGCGAGAAGCGUGUUUUAACAGAAGCUCUAUCAGACACAGAGGCGGAUGCCAGCGGAAAGCCGAGCACCGACACCGAGACCGAAGGCGUCACCUACUCCUGGUCCAUGUUCCACUUGGUCUUCGUCUGCGCCUCGCUCUAUGUCAUGAUGACCCUGACCAACUGGUACAAACCUCACUCGGAAAUCGAGCUGUUCAACGGCAACGAGGCUUCCAUGUGGGUCAAGAUUGUCUCCAGCUGGCUGGGUGUCUUCAUCUAUGGCUGGAGCCUUGCAGCUCCCAUUGUUCUUACCAAUCGCGACUUUAGCUAAGCGAUUUUAACAUAUUAACGUCUAGGAAUGGUGCUUAACCGAGCAAAACGAGAAUGCCAAAACGGAACGCGGAGAGGAACUAGUUUCCGAAUCUGAUGCAGAUUAACCAUACAUAAUUUUGACUCUACAUGUGGUGUCUACUCAUUGAUCUUAUUCUCAAAUUGCAAAAGUUAUCAAUAUGUAAAUGAAUCUAUUAUAUAUACAUACAAAUACAACAGAACUUAAACAAA